ACGAAUUGGUGCUGUAAUGGGAAAAGUGAGUAAAUCUUUAAAUUUUACACCAUGCAUGUUUGUGACGUAUGGUGUAUUCAAUGUAUUUGGGAGCGAUUUCAGGUAAGUUCAUUUUUUUUUUUAUAACAAGUUCACGUUAAAUAAUCACAACUUACCUAAGUAAUAUUGCAUAACCCCCACAUUUCAAAUGGACAAAGAGGGCAGUGGCGGAUCCAGAGCCUGAUCUCGGGAGGGGCACUUGUAGAUUAUUUAAAUAAAUAAUCCAGACACAAUAACCACUACAGCUCAGUGUAGUGGUUAUGGUGUCAAUAGUGCCGGGACCACCUCCCACAGUAAGUAGUCAAACCGUUUAAGAACAGUUUGACAACUUACCUGAGAUCUGCUGGGAAAUAGGGCUGUAGUAGGGCAUAGGAGCAGUGGUGUGUGUGAGUGGUGCAAUGUGUAAGGGGUGCAGAGUGUGUGUGAAGGUUGUAGUGUGUGAGUGAGGGCGGCAGUGUAUGUCAGGGAUGCAGUGUAUGUGUGGGACAGUAUGUGUGUGUAACAGUUGCAGUGUGUGUGUAUGGGGGGCAGUAUGUGUGUAUGGGGGGCAGUGUGUGUGUGUAUGGGGGAGCAGUGUGUGUAUGUGGGGCAGUGUGUGUGGCAGUUUGUGUGUAUGGGGGGGCAGUGUGUGUGUGUGGGGGGCAGUGUGUGUAUGGGGGGCAGUGUGUGUAUGGGGGCAGUGUGUGUAUGAGGGCAGUGUGUGUAUGAGGGCAGUUUGUGUGUAUAUGUUGGUGUGUGUGUGUAUGUGGGCAGUGUGUGUGUGUAUGGGGGGCAGUAUGUGUGUAUGGGGGGCAGUUUGUGUAUAGGGGCAAAUGGGGGGUUUGUGUGUAUAGGGGGCAGUUUGUGUGAAUGGGGGCAGUUUGUGUGUAUGGGGCAGUGUGUGUAUAGGGGCAGUUUGUGUGAAUGGGGGCAGUUUGUGUGUAUAGGGGGCAGUUUGUGUGAAUGGGGGCAGUUUGUGUGUAUUGGGGGCAGUGCAGUUUGUGUGUAUGGGGGGCAGUAUGGUGUGCAGUGUGUGUGUGGGGCAGUUUGUGUGAAUGGGGGGCAGUUUGUGUGAAUGGGGGGGCAGUAUUGGGGGCAAUGUAUGUGUGUGUGGCUUUUUUUUUUUUAUAAUAUAUAUUUUUUUAUUUAAUUAAAAUAAAUAUCCUAUGUCCCCCCUCCCUUCUUACCUUUACUGGGGAGGAGGGGGGACAUAUUUCGAUCCCUGGUGGUCCCAGUGGUAUUCCCUGGUGGUCCCAGUGUGGAAAGUGAGCUCUAGCCCGCGCUCCCGGGCUAGAGUUCAUUCUCGCGAGAUUUGGAGCGUUGCCGUGGUAACCGCGGCAACGCUCCAAAUCACACGAGAGGAGGACCCGGAGGAGCUGCAGACUGAGCUCCGGGUCCUCCCUUUCACUUCCUCCCUCCGCCGCCGGCCGCCCGCACAGUGCCUGUGGACCGGGGAGGGAGAUCUCUGAUCUCCCCUCCGGUCCGCAGGCACAUUGCAGGGCUAGAACCUGCAUGUGCUGGCAGGGGAGGGAGAGGGAGACCGGCGGAUUUCUCGGGGGGGGCAAUUGCCCCGUUGCCCCCCCCUGGAUCCGCCACUGAAAGACUGAAAGAGGGACACUGUAAUUUUAGGUAAGUUGCAGAAUGGCCAGAUGCAUGGCUGUUUCAAGACAUUUUUGGAGACUUACCUAUAAUAAUAUAUCCAGCAAAAAUGUAAUUUAUCUUAUUUACACAGACUGAUUUCUAAACACAUUUACUGUAGUUUACACACAGAUGACUGUAUUAUUGCCAACCUUGACAUACAAUACGAAGCUCAAAGGAAAGGGGGGCAUUGGAUAGAAAAAGGGACUGUCCCUCCUAAAUAGGGACACUUUGGAUGUAUGUUUUCUAACACCUUAUCAACAACCUAGCAAGAGCUACACAAACUGUAUAAAAAGGUAUCUUUGGUCUGUUGAUUUUGUUAGUAUGAAUUUGUAGCUACAUGUUGUAUUUACAAGAAACAUGCCAGAACCCUAAUUCUACUCGAAUUUUAUAUUUACAUUGUACAAAUCAGCGACCAAAUGUAUAGAUAUCUAAUUAUUACCGACAAAACAGACACCUUGUUAAACUGCCCUGAACCCCCUCAAUUGGGACUGUCCCAUUACUUUUGAGUAUCCCUUUGCUUACACAUAAAACCCACUGAUUAAAGGUAGAAUUGUGUAUCUUUGGAUAUUACUGCCCAUUCAAUGUCACUCUGAAUGUAGCUGUGCUUGUUUGACCGCUUUGAAUCUAAAUGCAUUCGAUCCACGUUAGCACAUUGUAUCAGAACACGUGCAUGGAGCACAGGCGCUCUUCCCACUUCCUGGUACCACGUGCUUCCAGAGACGUCAUCUUCGUGCGACACCUAUAGAAUCAGCCAGGGCGCAUGCGUGUAGGGUGGCUAAGUGAGUAAGUUGCUUUGUUGCUGUCAUUGAUUUCUGCUUUUAUUUUUUUAUUUUUUAUAGGGGCAGUGACUUAUUUAAAUUGUGAGGGACAACGGUGCAGCAUCUCCAGUAAAUAACCCAAGCAAAAACCAAUGCCAGCAUGUUGUACUAUUCAUUCCAGUGAACAAAAAUCUCUAUUGGAAUUCAGUGUUAUGAGUUGACACAAAACUGUAUUAGUUAGUGAUUUAAACUCUGCAUUACAUUGGUAUCCAUGGGCUCCAUGUUUAGGGUUACAUGAGUUUAUGUUUUUGCCCCAUGGUUGCAUUUUAUGGCAAUAAGUCUUGUCUAGUCCCUAAAAAAAAUGUUUAUUGCUGUAAAACAAAAACGUGUAUUGUGUUUUUUAUUUUUAUUUUAUAUUGUCUGCUUUAAUUGGGAGGAAUGUCAAUUUGAUAGAAUUAAAGUUAUGGUUAUAAACAUAUAUUUUUGAAAAUAAAACAUUUCACAACAGCAAUAGACAGAAAAAAAUGAAAAGGCAUCUUUAUUAAAAAGCACACCUGUAAUCUAUUUAACUAUCUAAUACAGAGAUAGGCAACCUUCGGCACUCCAGAUAAUGCUCUUACACCCAUAAUGCUGGCAAAGCAUCAUGGAAGGUGUAGUCCAAAACAUCUGCAGUGCUGAAGGUUACCUAUGCCUGAUCUAGUAAGUGGUCAGAUGUUAGAUCAAUUCGGUGUCAUUUGGUUUUAAAAUCUAAUGGCAAAUUUGUACUUUUUUUAUUUUUUUUUUCAGGGAAGAAAUGUUUCCUACUCCUGUCUAUUCACAUGUCGGCCAUGGUGACUUUAUUAAUGUUUAUGACCCGGCAGAAGAUUCAUUUCUUUUAAUUGAUGCUUUGGAGAAAGAUGUCGAAGAGCUGAAGUCUAGGUAAUCAAUCUUCACACCAACAUGAAUGAGGUUUCUACCUAUAUUUUUCUAAACUCCAAAUGAAGCUGUAACCAAAUGCAUUUCUUUCAGUGUAGCAUUUUGAUUGCGUAUAUACAGAAGCUAUUGAGUAAUGUAAAACAUAUCAAUUUAAAUGAGUAGCAUGGUUUACUUAUCAUAAGAGUAAUUCAUUCAGACUAUACUACACCAACCUGGCUCAUUCAGCAAUCAAUGUUUUUAGUGUGGCAGUUCCUCUUAACAAUAAACUCUCCAGAUAAGUGGAGGCUUGCCCCUAGGGGCAGAUGGAAUGUUACCGCACCACAUUUUACUGAAUUCAAAAACAGGAACAAACAAUCUACUGAUAUAGGGAAUACUAUUGUGUUUUUUUUUAUUUUUUUUUUAUGGAAGCAGUUUCAGUGUGUUUUUUCGGAGGAUCCUGUGUUGUUUUUGUUUAUUUAACAAUUGGUACAUCUUUCCCUAGAUAAAAGCAGGUCAGAGCUAAUUAAAGUGGCAAUGUCAUAUAUGGUCAUUUUAGGAAUAUCUCCUAAUUGUUUUUUUUUUUUUAAGUGUUCCUGUUGACUGCACGGUAAUUCCAAUGCAAUCAAAAGAUAUAUUAAGACAAGCAGGGCCUACUUUGUCUUAUAGGCAAAGUCCAGGUUUACAAAAAUUGACUAAGGUUUCCAAGUUAUUGGCCUUUCUUAUUAUUCACACCCUAAAAUAUAGGCCUGCCUACCAGCCUGUUGUCUAGGACUAAAAAUGACUAAAGCACCAGGGGUGAACUGGCUAGGCUGGGGCUCUGUACUAGUUACCAUUUGUGUGCCUGUGCAUGAGAAUGUCUGUACAAUAUUGUAUCUGUAUCUAUCCAUUAGUGCCAGAGGUGGUGUCUGGGUGUUUUACUCCCUUUUACUUGAUCACGGACAUUUCCUUUGGCAUUUUUUAUUGUGAUUUCAAAUUUUUUUUUUCUCAUGCUUUCAUUACAUGUUUUGUCCUCCUAUAUGGCAAUAUAAUAUUUGAGAGAAAUAAACCUCAGAUUAGACUGUGAUUUGAAAAAAUAUUAAACAAAAAGUGCUGAUUUGGAAAAAUUCUCCAUCAGCUUCAUCAACCACCUCUGCUUCCUAGAUAUCUUUCACCCCACCUACUGUAUAUAUGCUGUUAUUCUCAUGGUCCUCUGUAGUCAUUACCUUCCAGAGCGCUCAUAUCUUCCCCCAUAGUUAUCACCUUCCCUUUACAGUCAUCAAAAAAACAUUACCCCACCCAUACUUUUCAUGCCACAUCCUUCCUUCUCAUAAUUUCCCUGUCUCACUCCCCAUCCUUACGGUUACAAAGAGCAGGAAGCAGUUUUUCUGGUGCUGGCACCAUUGAGGGGUGGAUGGGGAUUGUGCUUUCACUUCUGAGUGAAGAUAUGACAAAUUAUGUCAAAGCAGAGUAUGGGCAUCUCCAUUAAGCGGUAGUGGCACCAGAAAAUGCUCAAUUUUUCCACCUUCAGUUCUUGUCCAUUGUUUUAGAGCAAGAACAGACAGACACAUAAUUCUGGUAUGAGCUUAGGUGAUGAAAACUGAAGAAAACAUGGUAUCUCUAAAAAUUGUUGCUCGGCAUAUUCAGAAAAAAGGUUAUUGGACACUUUGAAGGAGACAGUAUAUUCCUUCAGAAUAUAUGUUUGUACUUGUUGUAGAGUUGGAAUCUGUCUUGAAGUGGGUUGUGGAUCAGGCGUUGUUUCCGCAUUCAUAGCAUCAUUACUUGGACCAAACACCUGGUAUCUGUAAGUAUAACUAACUUUACUCUUUCUUUAUAAUUAUCAUUAAUUUAACAUUUAAAGUGUAUGCAAAUGUGUUCACAAUAGAGAAAGAAGUCAAAUGUAUCCUCCAGGUACUAGAACAUAAAUAAUCUAUAAUAAUUAAUAAGAAGACUCAAAUGUAAAUUGAUCGAGGAAGAUAGCCACGGGUGAGAGAAAAGACAAGACAAAUGGAGAAAGAAGAGAAUAAAGAAUGAAAAAAGUGAGAAAAGGGGGGUAUAGCUAACAAACAUGAAAAAAAGCCAUAGUACCUGCUCCAGAUGUUUGUCAAGCCAAGGGGACCAUAUUUUAUAAAACUCAACAGAAAUGUUAAGCACUGCAUCAGUCACCCUCUCUAUUAUAAAAAUGAACAUUAUCUAUCUCUGUAAUAUUUGAAAGUGUCCCCUUUCAGUGUUUCACCACACACAACCACUAUAUAAACACAGACAAUAUAAGGAGGAGUUCAACUGCAGUACACAGCUCUUUGUGGGGGUAGGUAGGAACUGUUCAGGACCUGAUAACUUCUAUAAGGAAUUGAUCAAGGUGUUUUUAACAAAAUGGAGCAGUUCGUCUCACUGAAAGUAUUCGGCAGUAGAAAUUGCAUUUGUUUCUCUUAGAUCUUCUAUUAGGGGUGGGUUUAUUCUGCAACACCUCUAACUCUGAAGUACUACUAGGAGAAUCUAAAGAGAGAGCUAAGGGAGCCCGGCGGGGAAAUGGGUGAGUAGCUGAAGGGGUUUUAACCCCUUUCAGCGCCGCAGGAGGGGGACCCUGAGGGUGGGGGCACCCUCAGGGUACUAUAGUGUCCCUUUAAUGUCGGAAGAAUAUGGCUAGGUCUCUAAAUUUCAUGUAAAGAACUUUAUCCAAAUCCUCACAUAGGCCAGGAAGAAAACGUAUACAUUCUUACCAAUACCAAGUUCUUCAAUUUUCAUUGAGGUUUCCAGACUUUUUUUUAUUUUUUUUGCACCGCUGUGCCUUUCAUAGACUAUAAUUUGGAUAAUAUUAAAGUAGCAUACUGUGUAAUGAGUUGAAAACACAGUAAAAUGUCUAACAUUGCUGCUUUGCUUUCAGAUGUACCGAUAUUAACCCACUGGCAGCUUUGUGUACUUUGGAGACAUCACAAGCCAAUAAAGUGCACAUUGAACCAAUUGUGACUGAUUUGGUAAGUUUUGGUAUGCUUAAUUAUAUAUUUAGUUCAAUUUUUUUUUUUUUUUAUUCUUUAUUUUUUGAUGUGCAAGUUAUAACAAAGGAGCCCGUGUUGCCACAACAGCAGUCACAAGCAUAAUAUCAUCAUACAUUGUCAAACAUGGCAAGUAGUAGGUCUGCACAAUUUUAUAAUAUUAGUAAUCAAGUGUUGGUUAGUUAAAUAUUAAUGACCAUUGUGAUUUAGCACAACACAAAAUACAUUAUUUUUUUUUCUAAAUAAAUAUUUUUUGAGAGAGUGCCAAAUGUGGCUGCCUUGUUAUUAGUAUUUGCUGCUUUGCCUGUGACAAUAAUGCAGGCUAGGUAGAAAUUAAGUAUCAGAAGCAUGAGACUGAGACCACAAUGGUUGGCUCAUCACCUACAGUAAUUGCUGUCACCCUUUGGUUGUGCCUUUUUUUCACCCACUGUAGAGAAGGAAGUUGAAAUAAGAAGUGGUGUUGGUUAAUCCUUGGUCUAGGACACAGAACUAAGGAAAAGCAAAAUAAACUUACUCCGUGUUUUGGCAACUUGUAAUCAAUUGGGCUUGGUUUAAAUGGGAACUAAUUACUAAAUAGGAGUUAAGCUAUCAGUAAUUAUUAUCUCAAAAUCACAUGGCAGUUAAAUUAGUGGCACAAUGAGUUAGUGCAGCUGACCGGGAAUAUAGGAAUUGAGAAUAUAAUUUUCUGUUUCACUAUAAUUGGUUACAUUCCAUGUACAUUAUUUGUCCUUUUUUUGUUAUCUGUACAGGUCAGUGGAUUACUGCCAAGGUUACAGGGACAAGUUGACCUUCUUGUUUUUAACCCACCCUAUGUCGUGACCCCCUCUGAAGAGGUAUUGUUUAUUAAUUUAAAAAAACAAAAAAAACCUCAUGGGGUAUUUCUUAAAUAUUUUUCUAUGUUGACAUUGUUUUCAUCUUUCAUUUUCUAGGUAGGAAGUCAUGGUAUUGAAGCAGCGUGGGCUGGAGGCACAAAUGGCCGUGAAGUAAUGGACAGAUUCUUUCCAUUGGUUCAGAAAUUACUUUCUGCUACUGGCGUAUUCUACUUACUGGUACUGAAAGAAAACCACCCCGGUAAGAAGCCAUAAGAACAUUCCUCAAAACAAACACUUUAGCGCUCUUUGUUGGAAUAUUUUAUUUUUUUCGUAGGUUAGCUGUACAUAUAUAUUUAUUGUGAAUCCCAUUAAAAUAUGUCAGUGAUUUUUGAACUGAAUUAAAUCUAUCUAGGUUGGUUAAGCUGCCAUUUGGAUUUUGGCAUCGCUUUGAUUAAGUCACUUGUUUAUUUAUAGGCAUAGAUUCUUCCUGGAACCAAAGAAGUCUCCAGUAUACUGGGAGAAGAAGUGCUGAUAUAGUAAACAACUUAUGGGAAGUUACCUAGGGCCCUAUUAAUAUUUUAUGCUUGUUCUUAGAAAGGAACCCAUUUGUGGUCCUGACCAGGGAUUAAGCUCAAUUCUCUGCCAUUUAGGAGUAAAAUCACUUUCUUUUUUAUUAUUAUUUAAAAAGAGUCAACAAAUUCAGCAGUACUGUACAAUGGGAUAUGCACAGGGCCGAUGCAAGAAAUUCUGCCGCCCUAGACAACGUCCCAUUUUGCAGCCCCCUCAUGAGUUAGUUCCACAAGUUCAAUCGCUAAACUCCAAAGUGAAACAUUCCACUGAUUUCCUUUAUCAAUUUAGUAGAUAUAUACCAAAAUAUAUAUUUUUUUUCUGCAAGCCGUCCAAUCAGGCUUCUCACUGAGAAGCCCCUGUUCUGGGGCGGCAGUUGUGCGCAUGCGCACUCGAUCACAGCUUACCUAUGUUUCCCUAGUUCAGCUCAUUGAGAAAUGGAGAAAGCAGAUGCGUGCUAGAACAGCACAUCUGCCUCUUCUGUUAGCUCUGUGGAGCUAAAGGAUGUGAAAGAAAUCCCUCCUAGCUGUGUGACAGAAAGGGAGGUGUUUUGACCCAAAUUAUAAAAGGUCCAAUUUCUAUUGAUAUCAGUAAUUUUAUAUACUGUCAAGAAAAUGACAAACUUUAGCAAAUUGAAAUACUUUAUGUGGAGUAUUCCUGUCUCUUAGCAAACUGCCUUAUACAUACACACACCCUCAAAAAAACAGCUUAAUACAUAUAAACACACACUGCCUAAUACACACACAUACAUACACACACACACACACAAAGUGCCUUAUACAUACAUGCAAACAAAAUUACAAAUACAUGCACACAGAAACAUAUGAAUACAUACAUACACCAAAACAUAAAAACUGCAUCAUAUUCACAAACUCUUUCUAAUACGUAUACACACAUGCAUACUAAUGCAUACACAAACUGCUUUAUGGAUACAUACUGCCUAAUAAGUACAUUAAAAUAUAUGAUUGAUACAUACAUGUAAUACAUACACCAAAACACAAACUGUCUCAUACUCACACACUGCUUAAUAUAUACACUCACAUGUGGCCUAAUACAAACACACACAAACUGCUUUAUAGAUACAUACAGGGGUAUGUUUUUGUUUUUUUUCUACUUGUUAAAUGGACUAAAGUGGACCCAUUCACAAAAACAAUGACUCAUACAUAAACACAUUGACCCAUACAGAUAUACUCUGCACACUAACACUGACCCAUAAACAAACACACUGACACUCACUAACACUGACCCACACUGCACACUAACACUGACCCAUACAGAAGCACACUGACACUCACCAACACUGACCCAUACACACACACACACUACACACUGACACUCCCUAAAACUGACUCAUACUCACAUACACACACACACACACACUGCACACUGACCCAUACACACACACAUACACUGAACACUAACACUGAGCCAUGCACAAACAUACUGCACACUGACCCAUACACAAACACACUGCACACUGGCACACACUGACCCAUACACACACAAACUACACAUUCUCUGACAGUCACACACAGUACAGAAUACCUGCAGCAGCCUUUCACAUGCUGUGUAUGACGUCACGCUGAAUCCCGGCGGCCAUGAGUCUUGAGCACUGAGAGGAGUGGAUGCUGCAGCCAGGCCCAUUUAUACUAUCCCUUUGCUUCCCUGAGGUAGACUCCAUGCUUGGCACCAACACCUCCAAGGCAGCCCUAAAAGAGUUUUAAAAAACCGCUAGGGGGCAUACAUUCCACAUCCCUGGUACAAACUGUGCAAUAUAUGAUAUUACAUACAGGUAAUACAUACAUAAACUGCUUCAUGCAUACACAAACUGUCCAGUAGAGACACACAAGUGUAGACACAGUAGUGCCUAAUUCACACACACACACACACACACACACACACUCAAAAAGGCACACAGACACUGUCUAAUACACAUACAUACACACACUUCCUAAUACAUGCAUACACACACACAGCCUAAUACACACAGACACUUCCUGAUACACACACACACACACGCUGCCUGAUACAUACACACACACAUGCUGCCUGAUACAUACACACACACACUGCCUAAUAUACACACACACACACUGCCUGAUACAUACACACACAACAAGCUUCCCUCCAUCAUCCCUCACAUACUCAGGUGGGGGCUAGGGUAACUGGAAGCAGCACAGUCAGUGUGGUACCUUUUCUGUGGCAUGCUUCCAGUCUUUCUGUGAUCUCUCCCACCAGGAACAGGACAGGGGGAGCAGCACAGGAAGCUUCUCCCUCCCACUGGCCGCCUCCUCAAAGGAUUUCUGAAGGCAGGGACUUGGGAGGAGGCUGGAGAGGCAGGCAGGGGGCAGAGUUUGGGGCAGGGAAAAGCGGGUUAGUUGCGGGAGAGGCGGGGUUAAUUGUUUGUAGGUGGGCAGAGUCGGGGUUAUGGUCGGAACCCCUAUGCUUUGAUGAAAGCAUUUUAUUUGCCUGAUUUACAAGAAGGAGGGCAGAAGCAGUGAGGGGGAUGGCUCCAGCGGCUCUAUCACAGGCGGAGGCAGGGUCUUUGUGUUCUCCGUGAGUAAACACUGCCAGCAUACUCUCAUGAAAGAUUCAGACAGUAUAACAGCCCCUGCGGGCGCCCCCUCUCACAGAGCGCCCUAGGCCACUGCCUAGUCUGCCUAUAGGUAGCGCCGGCCCUGGAUAUGCAGCCCUAGUCACAUCUCCCUGCAUGGGAUUUACACAGCUUUCCUAAACACUUCCUGUAGAGAGACAUCUAAUGUUUAAACUUAAUUUAUUGCACAUUCUGUUUAAUGUAGAAUUUUGUAUCUCCUGCUCUGUUAAUAGCCUUCUAGACUCUGUGUCUGAGUAAAUUUCAGUUUACAAAAGAGAUCAAUAUUUCUAAAGCAAGUUAACAUUUGAUUGGGAAAAAAACUACUUUUUAUGUACCAUGGCAGGUGUAACUAGGGCUGCAUGGACAGAAACAAAAGUGACUUAACGCUUAAAUGGCAGAGAAUUGAGCAGUGCGACUGUUGUUUUCGGUGUUUCCAAGUAACACAUUCUGCCAUGUGGUGGUUAUAUGGAUAAAGUCUUGGCUAAGAUUCUUAAUGAUAUUUAUUUUUGAGUAGAGAGUAGUACUAGCAUAACAAGUUAUAACCUGCAUUUUGGAGACUCAGCAUAUUAAAAUGAUACAUAUUAGUUUUAUGUUUGAAUGUAUUGAAUAUGUGAUUUAUUUCAUAUCCAUAUUUAACAUUCUGGAGGUCAUCUGUCCACUCUCUCUUACUACUGUGUGUUCCAUUUUUUUGUGGUUUGUUAUAAUUAGUGACACCAUACUGUUGGAUUAUAGGUUAACCAUGAAAAAUAACAACUAUGAUCGGUUAGGGUAUGUGCAUUACUACACCUCUCCACCAAGAUUAUUUAUUGAGUGUCUUUCAAUUUAGAUUUCUCCCCUUGUUUAUUUGCAGAUGAAAUUAUUGAUCUAAUGAAGACCUACAAACUAACAGGCUCCAAGAUGCUCUCCAGACAAGCGGGCAGGGAACACCUGACUGUGUUGCGAUUUAGAAAAGGACUGCUCUAAGCAUUCUAGCAUUCACAUAUGCUGUUUAUUUAAUUAAUGUUUCCUCUAAGAGGAAUGUAUGGGGGGAAAUGAAUUGGUCAUAAUGACUGUAUCAAUGUGUCUAUUGUGCCUUUCACUUACUAGACUAGAGUAUGAAAGGGAUGGGUAAUAUUGCCUGUUUCUAAACAACACUUCCUAUGAUCGUAAGUCAGCAAAACCUUAACGGUCCUACAAUAUACAAAGAAUUAUCAGUUACAAUGACACCAUGCUGUAUUGGAUAUUGGAGUCCUCCUUUGCUGUGCUAUGUUUCCACAGAAGCUGGGAGAAUACUUGAUGUCUUGCGUGGUCCUGGCAACUUCCAUGUGGCAUGUUGCACAAUUUUACCUUAUUAAAGGAUGAAUGGUAUGUGUUACAUUGGUGAAGCGGUGUUAAUUUUACAUCUAUGCAUAUUCUUAAAUGUAGUGUACAUCACCUUCAUAUACCCUAAACUGUUCAUUGGCAGUGGCUGGUGACAUUUUAAGUUGGUGGGGCGCCAGAUUGGACUCGUGGAUUUGACUAAAUGUUUUUAAUGAUGAAUAGGAAUAUGUCUAUAUGGCUCUGUUACCUCCAAAAUAUGAGAACGAUCCAUUAUAUAGGGAAUAAACCAUAUGGACAGAUUAUAUUAAUGUGUUAAAGGACCACUCC